UCACACACUCGGGCCAAUUUAGUGUUGCCAAUCAACCUAUCCCCAGGUGCAUGUCUUUGGGUGAAGUUCCUUGGGUGAAUAUUGUAAACUCACUACACCGAAAUGGCAACGGCAGAGGAUGAAUGUCCCAUGACAAGAAGAUAGAGAAAAAGAAGAAGCUUAUCGACCAUGGCGGACUACAAAGGCGGACUCGCGCAAUUUUUCAGGAUUUAUGCAGAUCCCAAAAUACAGAUCAGCAGGUACCAGAAGAGCAUGAGCUGACUGCUUCCAGUCCUUUCCACCUUUGCAGCUGAAGUCUUUUGGCAAUGGCACAGCCCCCUCUCUGAUCAGACGAUGAAAACCCACACCCGUGGGUCCCCUACAGUGUUCCUCAUAAGUCUGUUGCUGCUCCUGCUGCCUCCAACUGCAGCAGAUCCUAGUGGAGGAAUCCUCUUCAUGGGAGGCAACUACAAUGGCCAUCCAAUGCUUUAUUUUGAUCGGGCAGAUGUAGUCGAGUUUCAGUUGGCAGCCGGAAGUACCCAUAGGGAGAUGGCAAGGCGGAUCCGUGAGGCUGGCGAAUCUAUGCUGGAACACCCAGAAGAGUACCUGCCUCCCUGGAGCCCCAUGGAAUUCAGUGCCCGAUGGAAUGAGGUUUACGGAAACAACCUGGGGGUGCUCUCCAUAUUCUGCCUGUUGUACCCGCACAGAGCAGGAGCAGUGGAUCUAGCCGUGGACUACAUGGAAAGGAUGGCAGCUCAGCCUAGUUGGUUGGUUAAAGAUGCACCUUGGGAUGAAGUUCCUUUGGCCCACUCUUUGGUUGGGUUUGCCACUGCUUAUGACUUCCUGUUUGAGUACUUGAACAAGGACCAACAGGAACAUUUUCUUCAGGUGAUCGGCAAUGCAUCUCAUCUUAUGUAUGAGAAGUCCUAUACACGAGGCUGGGGAUUUCAGUACCUGCACAACCAUCAGCCCACAAAUUGUGUUGCUUUGCUCACAGGAAGCCUGGUUUAUAUGAUGCAAGGUUAUCUACAGGAGGCCUACUUGUGGACCAAGCAAGUGUUGGCCAUCAUGGAGAAAUCCAUGGUUCUACUUCAAGAUGUCACGGAUGGUUCUUUGUAUGAGGGAGUAGCCUAUGGGACCUACACUACCCGCUCCCUGUUCCAGUACAUGUUUUUGGUACAGCGCCACUUUGCCAUCAGUCACUUUGAUCAUCCCUGGCUUCUAAAACACUUCAAUUUCCUGUACAGGACUAUCCUUCCUGGAUUUCAGCGAACUGUAGCCAUUGCAGACUCCAACUACAACUGGUUUUAUGGCCCAGAGAGUCAGCUUGUCUUCUUGGACCGUUUUGUGAUGCGUAAUGGCAGCGGAAACUGGCUUGCCGAAUUGAUUCAUCAACACAGGAUCACGGAAGGCGUUGGACAGGCUGGGAAAGGCCAGAGAUGGUGUACUCUCCACACCGAAUUCCUCUGGUAUGACCCAGGCCUUUCUCCAAAACCCCCAUCUGAUUUUGGAACAUCACAGCUGCAUUACUUUGAAGACUGGGGUGUGGUGACUUAUGGCAGUGCUUUACCUGCAAAUACAAAUCGCUCCUUUCUUUCCUUCAAGUCAGGGAAGCUCGGGGGACGUGCUAUCUUUGAGAUGGUUCACAAGGGCAAGUACAAGGAGUGGAUUAAAGGGUGGAGGAACUUCAAUGCUGGCCACGAACACCCUGAUCAGAACACUUUUACCUUUGCACCCAACGGCAUUCCUUUCAUCACUGAGGGACUAUAUGGACCUAAGUACACUUUGUUGAACAAUGCUGUGUUGUUUGGUCCGGCCCUCUCGGGAACUUGCUUUAAGCCGUGGGCUGGCCAGGUGACGGAAUCCUGUGAUUCCAAGUGGUUGAAAUACAAGACAGGGUCUGCAGCUGACGCUCAGGGGAAAGUAGAAGCUGCCAUGGAGAAGCAAGGGAUGGUCUUCAUUCGCGGGGAAGGUCGUUCCGCCUAUAAUCCAGACCUGAAGAUCCGCAGCUUUCAGAGAAACCUCCUUCUACUUCACCCACAGCUCCUCCUGCUGGUGGACCACAUUCAUCUGGAUCCCGACAGCCCAUCCAGGGCCAUGAGUGCAUUCUUUCACAACACAGAGCUUCCAUUCCAGGAUAUAAAAGUGGACGGUUUCCAUGGAGCAUUUGUAUCACACAAAGACGACAAGUAUAAAAUGUUCUGGAUGGAUGACACAGGUCACGGCAAUAGAGGAAUGGUAGGUUACUGGAAUUAUCCACGAGGGUACCCGUAUAAUGGCUCGAACUAUGUGAACGUCACAAUGCCGUUAAGAUACCCCCACACUCGAGUGGCCUACGUUUUUUUGGGACCAGACGUGGCUCUCAACAGCUUCAGCGUCCGUGGUGACAACCAAAGAGUGGAUAUUUACCUGGCCACAAAGGAGCACACCUACACCGUCUACCUGCUGACUGGAGAAGUCACCAGCAAGCCUCUUUUUGCCAUGGUGCUGCUGGACCAGAAGAAGAUCGUGUUCGAGAAAAAGCCAACUGCGGCGGACAGCUCCCCUUCGGAAGUAGAGGAAUACGUCAACGUGAUGGAGGACAACCUCCAGCAUGUCAAGCCGGUCUUUCAGCAAAUGGAAAGACAUAUUCUUGGAAAGGCUCUAAAUACGGGCAGAUUCCGCAAGACCGCGGAGCGCCUGCUCCGGUUCUCUGACAAAAAGAAGACAGAGGGAGUCAUCGAGAAGCUGUUUGCCAUGUCCAAGAAACAGAGUAAGGAUAAGGGGAGCAAGAAAAUAAACCUUGGUGAGAAGCUCUCUGGGAGUCUGCCUGACAUAUUUGCACAGAUCGAGGUCAGUGAAAAACAAGUCAGACAGAGGACGUCCAAGCGUGUGUACGAAAACAGUCCAGAAGAGGGAGACGCAGACGCACAAGCCUUUCUAGAAUACACAGACAGCCGCAAAAACAGGAAAAGCGGCUUUGUGAAAGGCCGUAAAUUUAAAGAAGUGAAUAUGUUGGUGACUACUGGAAGUCAACGGUCCAACAUAGCCUCUUACAUUCGACUGUUCCUCCUCCUGAACACUGCCACCUUCUUCUUGCUGCUGGCGGUCUUGUUGACUCGCUUCCAGCGGGGCCGCAGCUUGAACACUCAGAGAUGUUUUUAUACGAUCGUAAUGGUUGACUGCUUGAUCUUAUUGUACCUCUACUCGUCAUGCUCUCACAUGCAGUGCUGACAUCGUUAGUUCAGCUGCUAAUGAUCUCAGAAUUAUGAUAUCAACAAUGGAUAGGAAUUAUAUGGUGCCUUCCAGACACCCAUUUACAGUAAUAUCUAUUAUUAAUUUACUCUACAGUCACAUACUGUACUUGAAGCCACAGCUGCCCUGGAGUACAGUGGAACCUCCAUUUACAAACACCUCUAUUUGCGACCUUUUCAGUUUACAAACGUUUACAUGUUUACAUCGCGCCAAAUAUGCCUCUGUGUGCGGACCAUGCCUCGGCGUACGAACACUUCAUUCAUUCAUUCAUUUUGCUUGCUGCUUAAUGCUACUUUAAUAACAUCUAACAACUUCUGACAAGUUUAUUUCCACAAUUGUCGUACCUUGCGCCAGUCAGAGUUGUCAGCCUGUCUCACAGAUCACUUUGUGCGAUCAGAAAUGCUUUCAAUGUUUUCAAACUUUUGACAGUUUUGCUGUAUAGCUUCGGGUUGCUCGACAAUCGCUUUGAGCUAAUAUUUUAUCCCGUUAACAUCUGGCUUCAGUUCGAGGAUUUUGUCAGCAAAGGGAGUGUUGUUCCGCAGUAAGUCUUUGAUAGGAAUGAGACUAAAAAAGAUGCCACAGCGAACCUUAUUACAGCAAAGUAGGCACUACCGGGACACGAGCUGAUGAAGGAUUGCUAGUUUGUGCUAACGCCAGCGGUCACUAUGUGAAGCCACUGCUUAUUUAUCACUCAGAAACUCCCAGUGUUCACCAAUACCACAAAUAAUCCCAGACACAAGAUACAAUGAUUUUACUUUGUUUUUGGGUAAGUUUGGAGCACACCAACAAGACUUGUGUGAGUGUUGACAUUUAAGCUUGCUGUAAUGUUGUUGUAUUGUUUGGAUAAAAUAGAGAUUAGCCAUUACCCUCUUUGACAUAAACUGUAUACAGUAUAUACAUUAUAGUGUCUUCAAAGUGUGUAGUUUUUACAAAAAUGUGGAUUUUGGUCGAGGCAAAAAACAAUUACCGUAAUUUCCGGACUAUAAGCCGCACCUGACUAUAAGCCGCACCAGCUAAAUUUAGGGGAAAAUACAGAUUGCUCCAUAUAUAAGCCGCACCCGACUAUAAGCCGCAGGGUUUUGAUGUGUAAUUACCGUAGUAUAUAGGGGUUCCUGCUACCACGGAGGGGAUUGUCGGGACAGAGAUGACUGUUUGGGAACGCAAAGCGUCCCAUUUAUUAACAAUAAAUCUUUCAAUCAUUCAAUCAAACUUUCACAUCUUUGACAUGGCGAACAGCAUUCGUGCAGAGUACAAAUAAUACAACGGUGCAAAGUAAUACAAAGUGCUCGCCUGUGCGUUAUCAAAAUAACCAGCCUACCGGUACAUGAAAAGUCAGUCUUUAAUCAUUGUGUCAUCGUCUUCCUCCUGCGUACUAAAACCACCGAAAUCCUCUUUGUCUGUGUCGGAGAAGAACAGGCCGUAAAUAAGCCGCACCCUUGUAUAAGCCGCAGGGACCAGAACGAGGGGAAAAAGUAGCGGCUUAUAGUCCGGAAAUUACGGUAUUCAUGUUUACAUUGAUUCUUAUGGGGAACACUGCUUCACUGUACAAACUUUUCGGUUUGCAAACCAUGUUCAAUAACCAAUUAUGUUCGUAAAUAGAGGUUCCACUGUAUACAGUAAAUCCCCACAUAUUGGUAGUUUGGCAUUCAGCAUAUUUGCAAAUUUUCUUCUCAAAGUAUUACGUUUUUAUAAAUAUAUUAUUGGCAAAAUUGGAAAAACGCGUUUGUGUAUUUUCUUUAGAAAAAAAUUUGCUUUUUUUUUUUUCAAAAACAGAGUUGUAUUUUUGUUACCAAGUUACUAAAAAUAGUAACUAGCUAGCUAAUAUUUUGUGUUUGGAGUAUCUCAAAUUGGAAUUGUUGGUUUGUUUUUUUACGGGGGUCUCCAUUGUUUGCAGUAUGUUGCUACUCGCUGGGUCCUUGGAACCCCCAAGGAUCUCCUGUACUGAUGGAAACGUGGCUGCCAAUUGACGGGUACUCUGACCACCGCCAAAUAUUUCUCAUUCAUACACCAGAGUGGAGGCAAGGUAGGUGAAGUGCCUUGCCCAAGGACACCACAUCAGUGGUAAAACCAGUUACUUCUGCAGAGUUGCCUUCUGUAUCUCCUGAGCCAAAAGCCAUUGAUGGUUAGUUGAAAAAAGUUAGUAUUUAGUUAAUGGCCAUUUUUAUUACUGGAAUAGAAAUCUUAUAUUUGAAAAUGAAAGUCACAGAGCAUGUGUAAAGAUGUUUAUGCUGAUUUCAUUUGAAAUGAUAACACAAAACAAGAAUUCCUUCACAUUCUCAGUACGAGCAAAGUUCAUGAUGUAGAUUUCAGUUUUGUCAUAAGUCAGAGGUUGUAAAAGUUUGAAACACCUUCAGGGAAUAUAAAAGGUCUCCGGUCUCCCGUCCUCUUUGCGUUUGCUUUCGUAUGUGAAUGUUUCAAGCUUGUCGUUUUUUUUAACUAUUUUGUGGCUGUACAUUUUUUGAGUCCCUUUUUUUGUAACUACAUGUGUAUAUGUGAACAUAGCCAACAUCAUAUCUAUUGUAAAGCAAUGUUAGCCUGAAUUUAAUGACUCUAUCCAAAUAAUUCAACAGGCGUUUUAGUGUGCAACUGAUUAUUAUGAUCUUUUCAAGAACAAUAUAGCUGAUUUAUAGCAAU